UUGCUCGCACUUGACCUAGGAAUCAGAAUCAAACUUCCUCCUGCUUCACAUUAUCGGCGAAAAAUGGCUUCUCGAUGUCGAUCAUUGUCCAAACCAGCGUUCUCAAUGUUUAGAUCCGCAACGAACAAGCCCUCUCUCCGACCCAAAUCGGCUUCAUCGUUUCUCGGCGUCCCUCCUUCGCCUGGACUCGCAAGGCCGAUUGCUCAGCUGGGGUCGCUUCAGUCGCUGCUUCCAUUGUACAGCGCGGUGGCAUCAGCUAGGCUGACAUCGUGCCUGGGUAUCGAUUCGAUGAAUUCAAGGUCGUUGUCUCAGGGUAUGAUCUGCGGUUCGAACCCAGGAGUUUGAUAUUCUUCCUAAUCUUUUGUUAGUAUAUCUAGCUUGGCCUAAGUGUGCCUCGAUAAGAAGAGCCCAGACUAUAAGAAGAUGGAUUCAUUUGAGAUGGGAUUCCCCACUGUUUUUUUUCUGUUGCUUUGCUGGUCUAAUUCUGUUACUCAGAUCAGUUUCUAUUUGUCAGGGUGAUGAACACUCUUGUCUUUUCGUUUCAUCCACAAUUAAGUUAACAGUUUCAAUUGGAUAUAUAUGUACUCUUCAAAACAUCAAAGAUUAAACAAUCAUAGUCUUGUGUUCUUCUU